AUGUCACGACCAGAAUCACAAUUACCACCAAAUCUAUAUUAUAAUCAAUAGGAAAGUGUUAAAUAUACUAAUUGCAAUAGAAUUAUCAAUAUUCAAACUUAAUUAAGUGAAAGAGCUAUCUAAUUAUUGGAUCUAAAUCUAGAUGAAUGCAGUUUAGUACUUGAUAUUGGGUGUGGUUCUGGAAUUUCAGGGUUUUAUCUAACAUAAGAAGGGGUGAAUUGGGUAGGAUUAGAUAUUUCAGAAUCAAUGUUGAAUGUAGCUCAAUAAGAAAAGACAGAAGGGGAAUUAUUAUUAUGCGAUAUUGGACAAGGUUUUAAAUUUAGACCAGGAGUCUUUGAUGCUGCUAUUUCAAUUUCUGUUAUUUAAUGGUUAUGCGUGAGUUUUAAGAAAUCAGAAAACCCAUAUAGAAGAUGCACUGUUUUCUUUGAAUCUCUUAGAAACUGCUUAAAAAAUAAUGGAAGGGGAGUUUUUCAAUUCUAUCCAGAGAACAACGAAUAAAUAAAUAUGAUUACUAGUGCCGCUUUAAGAGCAGGUUUUAGUGGUGACAUUGUUGUUGACUAUCCUAAUUCUGCUAAAGCCAAAAAGCUUUAUCUAGUUGUACAAUUAGGAGGAUAAUCAUCCAAAAAGACUAUGGAUGUUAUUUAAGGAUUAGUUGAAGAAUCAGAUGAUGAAAAAGUUAAAGUUAUUGGAAGAUAAUAAAAGAAAAUUAGGAAAUAAAAAAAAUAAAAGAAUGUAAAUGAAAAAUCUAAAUUAUGGAUUAUUAAGAGAAAAGAAAAAUAGGCUAGAUUAGGUAGGAAAAUUAAAAAGACUACCAAAUACACAGGAAGAAAAAGAAAUAAUCUAGGCUUAUUCAAAUGA